AUGUCAACACAUAAUAUAGGUAAAAGCCAAUAUCCACCGGUGGUGAUAGAGAAGGUGGUGCUGAGAGCAGUGACACACACAUCUGAGGAGCUGAGUGAAUACGUGUAUGAGGCCAGCUGGUCGGACGAUUUGGUUUCAUCCGUCAUCAGAACCCAGCAGGAGGUGACAGAGCUGCUGAGCCAGCUCUCAAAAGCAUUUCCCGAUGACGGAGUGGAGAACUUCCUUCCUAAGUCCAAAGAGCUGGACCCCAGGUGUCUCACAGCGCUGCCCUGCCAUGUCCUCCAGUACCACAGUGCCCAGCAGUUCUUCACUUCCACCCGGCCUCUCUCUCCCAACGGUCCCGCCCCUCUUCCUCAUGCCCUCCCUCCUCUACCUUCCUGCCUUCCUACGGCUCCUAUUGCCCCCACCUGCCCGUUCGCCUCCAGCUCUAAUCUCGACUGUAUGGUUCAGUACAGAGGAGCCAACAGGGCGGUGUACAGAGUGGCCAGCGUCCAGCCCGUGGUCAGCACCCACAGCUCUGUGUUGACUCGCCCCUCUCCUCACCUCUCCUCCCUCCCUCCUCCCCUUCCUCCCGCCAUUCCACCCCCUCAGCUGUCCUCCCUCCCUCCCCCUGUGCCAGCCCUUCCCUCCCAGCGCUCCAUGACCGGUGGAGGCGAUCUCUCCUCACCCCCACAUCCCCAGCACAGUCUGUCACACCCGUUCUCUCCUCACCACCUUAACCCACAGAGCAGCAGUCAGUCCAGCGCUCAGUCCCAUCAGCCGUCCCAUUCCCUGCCAGCAUCCCACUCACAUUCCCUCCCGUACCCCCAGUCCCACUCCCUGUCUCGCUCCCUGUCCCACCCACUGCCCCAGUCCCUGUCCCUGCCCAGCACCGCAGAGCAGAACGGCAUCCUGGACUGGCUCCGCAGGCUCCGGCUCCAUAAAUAUUACCCUGUGUUCAAACAGCUCACCAUGGAGGAGUUUUUAGCGCUGACGGAGAACGACCUGAACAUGUACGACCUCACCCAAGGAGCGAAGAAAAAACUGAAGACCCAACUGGAGCUACAAAAGACUCAACUGGAGAUACAAAAGGAAAUUAAGCUGGAGAAGCGUCCUUGCAGCGGCAUUGCCAGAGUGACGCCUUCCAGUCACAUGGGACCCUUGGCUCAUCCCAUCUCCCCUGCAGGAGAGCUGCGGGUGGAGGUGGACGCUGUGCCACACCAUCAUCCCGUCUCAACAGACAGCAGCUCGUCCUCAGGCUACUCUAGCUCUUCCUGCUCCCCCCGAACACCACUCUACUGUGACUCCUCGUUCGACAGGACCAGAGACAUUCACAGGCGAGUGUUGGGUCCAGAGGCAGCAGGUGGAGGUCCAGAGAAGGAGCGCUCCUGUCUCUUCAUCCUGAACUCCAGCGGCCCCCCAGGCUCCAGUCGCCCCACAGCCCAGGUCCUUCCCGUCCAGACAGACCCUGCUCAUCUACACUCACCCUCCUGCUCCUCCCACCCCGCCCUCUGCCCCCAGCAGUCUCCUUACCACCCACAGGCCAGUUUCCCCCCGCCCCUGCACUCCUCUGUCUCAAACCCGGCUCGCAUCCUGAGCUCGCCUCGUAAGCCCCGCCCCCCUCCACUGUGCUCCGAUGAAAGGACUAAACCUCCGGGCCUGCCUGUGUCUGCUGCAGGCUUUGGUGGGGGGGUCAGCGUGGGGAGAGGGAUGAGGCUGGAGAGUUUGUUCCCCGGGCUGAACAUGGACGGCUCCUCCACCCUCCAGAACUCGCUUUACCGGGGCCUGGGGGGGGAUUCCCUGGGUCUGAUGGUGGAAACCAGCGCGGCUCUGACCUCCACCUCCAACAGCCUCCAUCACGUGUCCCACCCCCCUCUGCACUUCCACCUCUCCUCCUCUACACCCCCCUCUCCGUCUGGAUACUACUCCUACCCCCCUACUUCCUUCUCCUCGUCCUGUUCCUCUGCAAAAUCUGGCAUCUCUAGUAGCGGCUGUGGCAUUGUUCCCAUGGCAACCGCAAGCAGUGUGCCAGUAGCUGCAGUGCCCGGCAACACUUACUUUCCAUCCCAGUCUACCUGUAGCCCCUCCCCUUCCCCUUCCUCUGCGUCUUCAUUGGAUCAGAACUCAGGUCACACCCCUUCCAUGUGCGUCUGCAGCUCCUGCGGUUGUCGGGGGAACUGCGGCGCCUACGGGACGCUGCCCGGAUACGCAGCGGCCGGGUACCUCCAGCCGUUCUCCACGGGCCCCUCGCUCUUCACCCUGGGGCCCCUGCUUCACCUCAGCCCCCUCAUAGCCUCGCCCAGCGCCUCCGUCAGCGGGGGUACAGCAUUCUCCUACCCAAUGAUGGUGCCCCCCCCACUCUACCGCCACAGCCCCCUGUCACAGGACCAGCAGCAGGGCUAUGGCUUCUACCAGCCCCACGUCAUUGUUGGAGGCCAGAAACGGGCAGCAGGGAAUAUGUCGUGUUAUAACUGCGGCGCCAACGGACACAGAGCGGAGGAGUGCAAGCAGCCGGCCAUGGACUCCGCCCAGCAGGGGUCAUUUCGACUGAAGUACACUCCUCACUCUGACAGUAAGGACUCGGGGGACUAAGCAGCAGAAACAUCUUUCUCCUGACACAACCGUACCUCAUGUUCCUGCUGAAGCCCGGAGACAUUCGGAUGGCAGCCCGCCUCUGGGGAAAGGAGGCAACACCGCUCUCUUUUGCAAUCCUUUUACAGCAGCUUACAAAGAGAUAAAUAGAAGAACGGAAGAGGAAAAGAUAGACGUGAAUUGUCAUAUUAGCUUUCAUCUGUCCUUCACAAAAAAAGCCAGGAGAUUUAGCUGGGACGUACAGUAUGCAUCCCAAAUCUGCUUCCCAGAUAAAUAACUUAGCAUUUAUAGUAUCCAAAGAACUCUCUGAGUCAGGUGCAUCUUUCCUUGUCUCAAAGCGUGCUCUUAUUGUGAAGGACUGGAUACCAGCUCCAGUGUUACCUUCCCUUUGAAUGAAUCUGCUGGUGUACAAAUGUUCAUAUUUUACAAAGCGUCGAUACUUUUGAAAAUGGUUCUUGUGCAUAGUAUGUCUGGUGAUCAGGUUUAGCGCCAGUUGCCUGUAGAUGGCAUGAGGCUGUGUACAAGACAGAUGUACUCAUGUUUAUUUAACAUUGUUUUCGCAGCUAGAAAUCAACACACUUAUGCAAUACGUGCGCAAAGCGAAGGCAAUCAAAAUUUGACUUUAGAACACAACCGCAUAUUCAAUUCAACAAAGGGAAGUUUGACUGCCACACACAACUCAUUGUUUUCUGUUGUUGUUUUUGUUCCUUUUGAGUAAUGCAUUAUAUUUGUUGGAAGCAUUUCAAACUACUAUGAUUGUCAAGAGGCUUUCAGCUGUAUCAACUUCUUGCUCAUCUUUGUUGGACAGAACCAAAAAUAAGAGUCACUUUAAAGGUACCCCGAGGCACUUUUUACUACUUGUUGCACUAUGGAGUAAUGUCUUGAUGAGCAUGUUGGUGGUAAACAUGGACGUUUACAAUGCAGGAAGAACGUAUUGGGUCAGAAAUAUGGACAUGGAGGACAGGUGACACUAGAAGCUCUCUCCUGCAGCUGAGGGAUCACAGAUUGUACCAGCUGCCAUUUCUAUGAAAAGCCUUCUCCAGGGCCUGGGGCGGACUGCAUCAGCUGGGGGUGAUCCGCAGCUCUCUGCCUCUGAGCUCACCUCAGAGCAAACUCCUCUCCAGUGCCAAAUACUCAUCCUCUUGACAAUCACAAUGCACACUGAGUAUUUUCAAUAGAGUAUUUCAUUGUUGGACAUUUCAGAAGGUGACUAUUUGUUUUCGUUUCAGUUUUAUUAUGUUUUAUUUGACAUGUUGUUGUAAGAAAAUGAAUGUUGAGUGUCCCGGAUGUUAAAUCUUAAACUUGUUCUCACUCCAGGAGAGGUGGAGCAGACUCUUUUUAUGCAAAAGUCAAUCCAGGACAGGUCAGUCAGAAGAUGUUUCACAGUGUGUUCAGUUCUCUGACUGACGAGGAUCUGGGCAGGACCCAGAGUUAAAGACACGAGGACGGCUGGUCCUUCAGAUGAAGCUCCUUCUGUGUCCCUGGAGGACGCGGAGCAGGGGUGUUUAUUUAAAAUAUUAAAUACUGAACAUUCAGUAUGUAUAACAACGUCUGUCUUUUAUAAUGUAACAUUAUGGUCGCUUUUCGCAGAAGUAGGGGGCUUAGAAUCAACUAGUACACUUUUGUCCAGUGUUGCACAGUAAAUGAAUAUACCAAAGAGUGCCUUCUUUCAGGUUUUUAUGUAACACAGUUCCAUUUGUUGCUGUUCUGGUAUUAGGCAGUUUCCCUAAAGAAUCACUACAGCGCCGCAACUGACGCGUGCAUGUUCAAGUUUAGAAAAAAGUGCUUUGAAUAUAUAUUGUGUGCAAAUGUUUGAACAGGGUUCAUUUGUAGGUCAGUUUUUGUAUUGCUUUUGUUUGUUUUAUCAAAAUUAAGGGAUUUUUCGAGUAAUAAAGUAUUUUCUGAU